CGGAGUGGGCGUAGUAAAAAAUGGAAAGAGAUGCUGAAGUUACCACCUGUUAGUUAUUGUGAAGGUAUUAGAUGCUCAAUCGAAAGAGACUAUAGCCAGCUUUGUGACAAGCAGCCAAUAGGAAGACUUCUCUUCAGACAGUUCUGUGAUUCCAGACCAGAUUUGAAAAGAUGCAUUGAAUUUCUGGAUGCAGUGGCAGAAUAUGAGGUAUCUUCAGAUGAAAAGCGUAUAGACUGUGGCCUGAAAGUUUUAGAGACAUACUUCACUAAUGGGUCUGCAGCACACUUGCCAGAAAUACCUCAGGAAACAGUAAAUGAAUGUAAAGCAAGGCUGGAAAAGAACCCUUCCAAGGAUCUUUUUAUGGUCUGUACUAGAAUUGUCCAUGAAUACCUAAGCAGAAGACCUUUUGAAGCUUACCAAGAAAGUGUGUAUUUUUCUCGUUUUUUACAGUGGAAGUGGCUGGAAAAGCAACCGGUAACCAAACACACAUUUAGGCAUUACCGAGUACUAGGCAAAGGUGGAUUUGGAGAGGUGUGUGCCUGUCAAGUACGGGCAACAGGAAAAAUGUAUGCUUGUAAAAAGCUGGAAAAAAAGAGAAUAAAGAAGAGGAAAGGAGAAUCAAUGGCUUUAAAUGAAAAAAGAAUUCUAGAAAAAGUGAAUAGUAGGUUUGUAGUUAGUUUGUCCUAUACAUAUGAGACGAAAGAUGCCCUGUGUUUAGUAUUAACCAUAAUGAAUGGAGGGGAUUUGAAGUUUCACAUAUAUAACAUGGGAAAUCCUGGCUUUGAUGAAGAAAGGGCUAUUUUCUAUGCUGCAGAACUGUGCUGUGGUCUGGAGGAUUUGCAGAAGGAGAGAAUUGUUUACAGAGACUUGAAGCCUGAGAAUAUACUCCUUGAUGACUGUGGACAUAUCAGAAUUUCAGAUCUUGGAUUAGCUGUGCAGAUUCCAGAAGGAGAAACAGUCCGAGGACGUGUUGGGACUGUUGGCUACAUGGCUCCAGAGGUGCUCAAAAAUGAAAAGUAUACAUUCAGCCCGGAUUGGUGGGGUCUUGGGUGCUUGAUUUAUGAAAUGAUUGAAGGACAAUCUCCAUUCAGGAAGCAUAAGGAAAGGGUCAAACGGGAUGAGAUUGACCGGAGAGUAAAGGAAGACCAGGAAACAUAUUCAGACAAGUUCUCAGAGGAGGCAAAAUCCAUCUGCAGGAUGUUACUUGCUAAAAAUCCAGAGGAACGACUGGGCUGCACUGAAGAUGGAGCUGCUAUUGUAAAGCAACAUCCUAUUUUCAAGAAUAUUAACUUCAAGAGGCUAGAAGCUAACAUGCUAGAACCUCCGUUCUUGCCAGAUCCACGUGCCGUAUAUUGUAAAGACGUCCUGGACAUAGAGCAGUUCUCAACAGUAAAAGGAGUGAACUUGGAUACUACAGAUGAUGACUUCUAUUCCAAAUUUGUUACGGGUUGUGUCUCAAUCCCUUGGCAAAAUGAGAUGAUUGAAACAGGAUGCUUUGAAGAUAUCAAUGCAUAUGAAACUGAUGGUACUGUGUCACCAGACAGAGAGAGGUCUCCUAAACCAAAGAGAGGCUUCUUUCACAGACUUUUUAGUGGAGAGGUCUGCUUUAAAUCUGAUUGCAGUGAUGAUGAGCAGGAGUCCUCCAGACUUUAAAUCAUUUUACUCUCAUCAGAAAGGAUGAGAAAACUUCAAAUGUUUUAUAUCUCUGUAGCAAAGUGUAUUAUAUGUAUUUUUUAUCUGAGUUCAAGAAUUUUUGUACAUUUGUACUUCAUUUGUUUUAAGAUGUAUAUUUUCACUAAAGCUUAAUUGUACAAAAA